UGGCCAUGAGCACAAAUGGAUGGCUUCUCUAGAACAGAGCAACCCUCCCCGUGAGGGGACCCUUUUGCGGCGUUGGGUCCACCAGCCUCGCUCCUCGCUCGCUUCCUGUGCUCACUCGGAGCCAAGGCGGGGCCACCCUGUAGCCCUCAGCAGUGGCUGGCAGUUUGCUUCCUGAACCCAGAGCCGCCAGCCCGCCCUGGGGAGGGGCUGAGCCCGCCCUGCGAAGAGGCCAGGGCUGCCCUCUGAAGGAAGCGCCAAAGAGAAAGCGAGGAGAAGGAGGCACCCAGUCGCCGGCAGGUGUGCGGGCUGAGGCCAGGGCUGGCUCACACUCCAACGCUCCGCCUGCAGCCCCAGCCCCUUGCAGACAAGAGCCACCGCAGCCAUGGCGGGCAUGAAGACGGCCACCGGGGACUACAUCGACUCGUCCUGGGAGCUGCGGGUGUUUGUGGGAGAGGAGGAUCCCGAGGCUGAGUCGGUCACCCUCCGGGUCACGGGGGAGUCGCACAUCGGCGGGGUGCUCCUGAAGAUCGUGGAGGAGAUCAAUCGCAAGCAGGACUGGUCGGACCACGCCAUCUGGUGGGAGCAGAAGAAGCAGUGGCUGCUGCAGACCCACUGGACGCUGGACAAGUACGGCAUCCUGGCCGACGCCCGCCUCUUCUUCGGGCCCCAGCACCGGCCCGUCCUCCUGCGGCUGCCCAAUCGCCGAGCUCUGCGCCUCCGAGCCAGCUUCUCCCAGCCCCUCUUCCAGGCUGUGGCUGCCAUCUGCCGCCUCCUCAGCAUCCGGCACCCUGAAGAGCUGUCCCUGCUCCGGGCUCCUGAGAAGAAGGAGAAGAAGAAGAAGGAGAAGGAGCCGGAGGAGGAGGUCUAUGACUUGACCAAGGUCGUCCUGGCUGGGGGUGUGUGUCCUGCUCACCCCAGAUCCAUGCCUCCUGUUCCCAGGCCUUCCCUAUGUGUGUGUGCUCGCCCCCAAGCCCCUGCCCAGCCCCCACCCGCCCCAGCGCUGUCCCGGCUCAGCCCUGACCCCUGCCUCGCCGCCAGGUGGCUGGACUCGUCGCGGUGCCUCAUGCAGCAGGGCAUCAAGGCCGGGGACACGCUCUGGCUGCGCUUCAAGUACUACAGCUUCUUCGACCUGGAUCCCAAGGUGGGCCAGGCCGGGGUCGGGGAGCGGGGCUGGGUCAGUGAGACCUGGGGCCUAGGGUCAGGGGUCUCAGAGGCUUGUCAGCGUCUGUCUCUCUGUCCAUUUGUCCAUCCACACCCGUUCAUGAACUCUGGGCCUGGGUGGAUGCGAGGGCAUCGGGGAGAUAAUGACCCCACAUCCAUUGACUGCACCGAGGAGGAGAUGAUGGUGUUCGCAGCCCUGCAGUACCACAUCAACAAGCUGUCGCAGAGCGGGGAGGGGAGUGCUGGUGAGAGGGGCUCGGCCAGGGUGGGCCAGGGGCAAGCCGGAGCCGGGCCGCUGACUCCCCUCCCCCCCGACAGCCUCACCGCCAUCCCCGAGCUGAAGGACCAUCUCCGCAUCUUGCGGCCCCGGAAGCUGACCCUGAAAGGGUACCGCCAGCACUGGGUGGUGUUCAAGGAGACCACGCUGUCCUACUACAAGAGCCAGGACGAAGCCCCGGGGGACCCCAUUCAGCAGCUCAACCUCAAGGGCUGUGAGGUGGUCCCGGAUGUCAACGUCUCCGGCCAGAAAUUCUGCAUCAAACUCCUGGUGCCCUCGCCUGAGGGCAUGAGUGAACUCUACCUGCGGUGCCAGGAUGAGCAGCAGUAUGCCCGCUGGAUGGCCGGCUGCCGCCUGGCCUCCAAGGGCCGCACCAUGGCGGACAGCAGCUACGCCAACGAGGUGCAGGGCAUCCUGGCCUUCCUCAGCCUGCAGCGGGCGGGCACCGGGGGUCCGGGCAGCCAGCCCCAGGGCCUGGAUGCCUCCGCGGAGGGCCUCAACCCGUAUGGCCUGGUCGCCCCCCGCUUCCAGCGCAAGUUCAAGGCCAAACAGCUCACCCCCCGGAUCCUGGAAGCCCACCAGAACGUGGCCCAGCUCCCCCUGUCCGAGGCCCAGCUGCGCUUCAUCCAGGCCUGGCAGUCCCUGCCUGACUUCGGUAUCUCCUACUUCAUAGUCAAGUUCAAGGGCAGCAGGAAAGAUGAGAUCCUGGGCAUUGCCAACAACCGACUGAUCCGCAUCGACCUGGCCGUGGGCGACGUGGUCAAGACCUGGCGCUUCAGCAACAUGCGCCAGUUGCCGGGGCGCUCCUAUCCCACCCGCCAGCCCCUCCGACUGCCCGCCCUGCAGGUGGCCAUCGAGUUUGACGAACACAUCAACGUGGCCUUCAGCUGCGUGUCUGCCAGCUGCCGCAUUGUGCACGAGUACAUAGGGGGCUACAUUUUCCUGUCGACGCGGGAGCGGGCCCGAGGGGAGGAACUGGACGAGGACCUCUUCCUGCAGCUCACAGGUGGCCACGAGGCCUUCUGAGGCCGGUCUUGAUCCCUGUACCACUCACCACCGCCAUGGCCACUCCUAAGCCCACACUCGCUGGGACUCACUGCCCACACCCUCUCCACGCACCGAGCUGGGCACAUCCGCACUCUCACUGGCUUUGUGCAGACCAGGGACCCGGCUGGGCCAGACUCUGUAUCCCCCCCCCCCCCCCCCCCCCCCCGGCGGGGGGAGGGCGGUCCUGAGCUCGGCAGCACCACCCUUCCCUCGCCUGAGUGGCCGGGAGCAGCACCCCGGCCUGGUUGCAGUCCCUGAGCCCACAGGAAGGCAGGCUGCAGCCACAGAAUGAUAACUGAUGGUUUCAAACUGGAGGGUUUUUGUUUUUUUUAAAAAAAUCUUUCUACAUUUCCUUUUUUAAUAAAUAUUUUAUUGUUGGCUCAUC